GUAAAGAGUCUAAAGUACCUCCUUGAGUGGCACAACCUAGCCCGCAUCUACCUGUUCUCCAUGACUGAGAACAUGCGCUCCGUUAUCAUACGCCACAAGGAGGCCCUCUUCACUGAAGAGGUUAAGCGGAAAUGUAACAUUGAGGAGCGGCGAGUCCUUUCAGCCGCCACCUUACCAGAGCUUGAUGAAGUAUACACCAGGCGCAUCUUUGGGUUCAGGAGUGUGGAGGAGCUGUACCGCAACGACAGCUCAGCCAGCUACAUGCACAACAUCCACAUUCCAAUUGUGUUUAUUAAUGCUCGUGAUGAUCCCUUGGUCCACCCUGACCUGUUAGGCAUACCAGAGGCAUUUGUCAAGACUCAUAGUAACUCACUCUACAUAGAAACAGACCAUGGCGGGCACCUGGGUUACUAUGAUGGCGGAUAUGUUAUGCCCCAAGCAGUCACAUGGCUUGACAGAACAGUUGUAUCCCUUGUCACAGCGCUGGCAAACAACCAGUAAGGUUGCAAGUGGUAGUAUAUUUUUGAAAGUGUUCUAGAACCUUCAUGAAGAAGGACAGUUCCACAAAUUUAUAUGUGUGCAUGUAUGUGUGUAGAAGCCAUGCAGGUCAAUAUAUAUAUACACAUGAAUCUGUUUGCAUACACACAAUAUAUUAUGUAUUGCUCUCUAUCAUGUGUCUCCCAGAUGAUAUAAACUAUGGAUUAGAUUAAAAAUAAUAGAAGACA